GCCGCGUGUCGGCCAUGGCGGCGGUGCUGGUGCGGGGAUUAGCGCGAUGCGGGGGUGCUCGUGGCGCGGCACGCGUGGGGCAGGUCCCUAAACCCCCUCUUUGUCCCCUGGCCCAGCGGUGCGUGAUGGGACGUGGGGGGCAGGACCGGAACCCCCCAGAUGGGGAGGUGGGCAAGGCGCAGCGUGCAGCCAGCGAGGGGGAGGGCGGGCAGCCCACCAUCUUCAGCAAGAUCAUCGACCGCAGCGUGCCUGCCACCAUCCUCUAUGAAGACGACAAAUGCCUGGUCUUCCGUGACGUGGCCCCCCAAGCCCCCACCCACUUCCUGGUGAUCCCCAAGCGCCCCAUCCCCCGGAUCAGCCAUGUGGGUCCUCAGGACACUGAGCUCCUGGGGCACUUGCUGGUAGUGGCAGCACGCACAGCACAGGCAGAGGGGCUGGCUGAUGGCUACCGUGUUGUGAUCAACGAUGGAAAGCACGGUGCCCAGUCUGUCUACCACCUGCACCUCCAUGUGCUGGGGGGGCGGCAGCUGAGCUGGCCCCCUGGGUGAGACCCCUUACAUCCCCCCAAUAAAGCACCUCCAUGGCAGUGAGUUCAG